GCUGCACGCAUCGGAAAGAGAAAUCGGCAAAGUAAGCUUUCGCUGAAAUACUUAGAAACAGCAGAAAGGAAAAAAAAGGUUUAGCGGGCGAUUUUAAUUGAAGGCAUUGCAUCCCGGAGUUCCUAGAAUUUCGGACCCGCAGGAAACACCCGGCAAUGGCAGACAAAGAAGUCUACGAUGAUGCAGUAGAGGAACGAGUAAUAAAUGAAGAAUAUAAAAUAUGGAAGAAAAACACACCUUUUCUAUACGACUUGGUCAUGACGCAUGCGCUGGAAUGGCCCAGUUUAACUGUGCAAUGGUUGCCUGAUGUGAGCAGGCUUGAAGGUAAGGACUAUGCGGUUCACCGACUGGUGUUGGGGACACACACGUCAGAUGAGCAGAACCACUUGGUAAUUGCCAGUGUUCAGAUCCCCAAUGAUGAUGCUCAGUUUGAUGCUUCACAUUAUGACAGCGAAAAAGGAGCAGAGUUUGGAGGAUUUGGGUCUGUCAGUGGCAAGAUUGAGAUUGAGAUUAAAAUCAAUCAUGAGGGGGAGGUGAACCGGGCCAGGUACAUGCCACAGAAUCCCUGCAUCAUUGCCACCAAGACCCCUACAUCUGAUGUGCUGGUUUUUGAUUACACUAAACACCCAUCCAAGCCAGACCCCAGUGGUGAGUGCAGUCCAGACCUGAGACUGAGGGGCCAUCAGAAGGAGGGCUAUGGCUUGUCUUGGAACCCCAACCUGAGUGGAAACCUGCUCAGUGCAUCGGAUGACCAUACUAUCUGUCUAUGGGACAUCAGUGGAUCUCCUAAGGAAGGAAAGAUUGUAGAUGCCAAGACGAUCUUCACAGGCCAUACUGCCGUGGUAGAGGAUGUGAGCUGGCACCUUCUUCACGAGUCACUGUUUGGCUCAGUGGCUGAUGACCAGAAACUCAUGAUCUGGGACACACGGUCCAACAACACAUCUAAGCCCAGUCACUCAGUGGAUGCUCACACUGCUGAGGUGAACUGCUUGUCCUUCAACCCCUACAGCGAGUUCAUCCUGGCCACCGGCUCUGCAGAUAAGACUGUGGCUCUGUGGGAUCUGCGUAACCUGAAGCUGAAGCUCCACUCUUUUGAAUCGCACAAGGACGAAAUCUUCCAGUUUUUGCAUAUUACGCGGCAGGUUCAAUGGUCCCCCCACAAUGAGACAAUACUGGCUUCCAGUGGGACAGAUAGACGUCUCAAUGUCUGGGAUUUGAGUAAAAUUGGAGAGGAACAAUCUGCUGAGGACGCUGAGGAUGGACCUCCAGAAUUGCUGUUCAUCCAUGGAGGCCACACAGCAAAAAUCUCAGACUUCUCUUGGAAUCCCAAUGAACCUUGGGUGAUCUGCUCUGUUUCAGAGGACAACAUUAUGCAAGUUUGGCAAAUGGCAGAGAAUAUUUACAAUGAUGAGGAACCAGACACCCCUGCAUCUGAACUUGAGGGCCAGACCUCAUAACCCCUCUGACAUGGAACUCAUGUCAUUCAUGUCUCUCUAUCUCUUACUAUUGACUCAGAAUUGCCCACUCGCAAUGUCAUGGGACAGAUUCAGUCCCUGAGUCGCAGUGGAACCAACUGCACUUCAGGACUCCAUCCAUAGGCCAAAGUAGGAUCAAAGCAGUCCCUGGACUCUGUUUAUUGUCCUCCUUGAGUAUUAUUUAGCAUUCAUUCUAUUUUUCUGCACUCCAUAAACAUAAAGGUCUGUUUAGGACUCAUGAGGAUGGGCUGUGCUGAAUGCUUUUGAUGUGGGCAGGGGGGAGUUUUUUGUGUGGGAGACAUUUAUACAAUUGAGUUAAUCAUGUUAAAAUGCCCUUGAAUGGACAAUGCUGUUAAAUAAUUUUUCCAAAUUAGGCCCAAGUAAAGUGGUUCUGCAGCUCUUGUUCAGUUUUCCUGCAUAGUUCAGAUGUCAACUGCAAUAAAACUUUUCUAAUGCCUUUUAAAAUGAUUGUGCAUUUUGUAUUUCAAAAAUGUUAAGUGUACCACUAAAGAAAUCCACAUAAGAAUAAAGUAUGAACUAUCCUAA